ACCAGAGGGUACAGGGAGUCGCCUAGAAGCCGCUGCAGCAGCGGGCUGCUCUAGGAAACAUCAAACUCUCCUCUCUCUCUCUUUCUCUCUUUCCCCCUAUCACGGUUUCUCCCUCUUUUUCCACCCUUUUCUCCGGGGUCGUGGCAACACCGUGCCACGCGACGCCAGCACCACCGCCGCGGAUCGUCAAACUGAAAGGGAAAAAUAGAAAAAGGGAGAAAAAGAAACACACACGCGCGCAGAAAGCAAGUAAACGUCGAGAAAAAGGGCAUUCGGGAACGUGAAUAGGCGAGACAUCGCGCGACUCUGUACAUCGGUAUUAUACCUCGAGAGUUUAUACGCAUCGCCGUCAGGUAGGCCAGAGAGGAAGAGAAGACUGGAGGUGGACAAGUGGAAUCCAAGGGGGUGGGGAUGGAGCCGGAGCAACGUGGACGCGCCUCACGAGCGUCGUCGACGUCGAGCCUCGGCCGCGAGGUACGUUGUGGCUGUCAGUACUACCAGAGCGACUCGCUUCUGCCGGAACGACGUGCUCUCCUCGGUAGACCGCCGUCCAGGACGAUGCAGCAGCCACCUGCGGUCCGCUGCAGCGAGCACGAUUACGAACCGAUCGCGGCGCCGUCGCCGUCGCCCAAGCUGGCGACGGCUCCGGUCGUCCGGAUCACCGACACGGAUGUGGUGCCCGUCGCUGACAGCGACGAAAGCAUCGACGACCGGACACGGCUGCCGCUGGAGUUGACACGGGCUGGCGAUGUGGUCCUUCCUUUGGAUGGCAAGAUCGAAGAUACCGCGAUGGAGGCUCGCGAACUCGUUGAAACUGGCGGCACUCCGGGCGCUGAGUCCAGGACCGAUGGCGAGGUCAACACUAGUCAGGUAGAUUCGUUGGCAUUGGAGGAGCUUCCUCUUCGUCGCGGUGCCCGUGGCCUGCCCCAACGAUUGAAGACGCAAGCUGGCAAACUACGAACUCGCCUGAGAAACAUCCAACGACCGAGCUUCGCUUUCGCUGAACGACAGAAAACGGAGAAGCCAAGAUCGACCAACAGCGCUAGAUCCGACAGGUCCAGGACUGAGAAACGACCCAGUCGAAUGGACAGGAUACGCUCUUCGUUCUCGGAGAGACCACGAUUCAAUCUACCGAGUCGCCCGAAGUUUUCGUUGCCCGAUCGAUCCAAGUUUCAUCUGCCAGAACGAGCGAAAUUUCACUUGCCCGAUAAAGCGAAGUUCAACAUCAAGAAACCGAACAUUCGUCUUCCUAAUGCUUUAACACGCGCGAAAAAAUCGCCACCCAUGCAUGGACAACGCUCCACAGAUUCCACGAUCGGUUCUCGCAAAAAUAUCUUCGACUUUUCCACUUAUCCACGAAUAUUCGACAAAAAAUCGAAGACCAAGGGGGAGUACGCUACCUCCACGCCGAAAGAUUCGAGGGCCCAGUCCGCAGAGAGCGCUACGUUCCCUCGAACUCGCAAAAAAGCCGAUAGAUGGCCGCACAGGUUCGAUACACCGAUCGCUUACAUCGACGAGGAUCGUUCGAACGAGGAAACCGCGAUAGAAAGAGCGCGACCAUGGCGCCAUCCCUCCAUGGAGGAGCCUAGAUUGUCAAUAGGUGAAAUUAAUGUAACCACGAUUCCUUGGGAGGAGAAACAUAGACCGCAGGAGUUACAGUAUAUGGAUUAUGAGCAGGAGUCUCCUGAAACUUCCGAUCACCAGCCACGUCCUAGAUCAGAGGCGUCUAGAACGGAGGAGGAAUCUUAUGACAGAGAUGGAAUGGAGUCAGACCCGAGACUGUACCGCGAUCAGGUUGAAAAAGACGUGGAAGAAGAGAGUCCAGAGAACUGGAGGACCAAAGAAGAGAUUCCUAGAAAAGAAUUCAGACAAAUUCAAAAGUCUAGAUCUUUGGAGGAACUUCUCAGAGCCAGAGAGGAAGAAAGAUACGAAGCUUCUUUUGCAAUGGUUGAUCCAAGAAGGUACGGAGUACACAAGACACCCUCCGAGGAGGAAGAAUACGAAGAGGAAAUGGAGGACGAAGAAGAACCGGAGCCUUCGUCCGCUCAGUCUGACAGGGAGCAGCAGCAUUCGAGCGCCAGCUCCUGUGACAGACGUCGUCGAGGAGUGAUAGAGGAGAUAGACUCCGAUGAAUUCUUUCUACGAGCAAGUGGACUCAGUCAGGGUGAUAUGAACCUAGGUAAAUAUUUGUCCAGUGAGAUAAGAGACGCCUUCAGACCAGAAAGAGCCAAUAUCCUGGCUGACGAGGACAUAAUGCCAGUUCCACCGCAACGACCAACAAGAAAAAGGUCCAUAAGGAAACAAAAGCAAAGUUCGAUAGAAUCUUAUGACACAAUGCCACCGAUUAGACCGAAAAGGGACUCGAACAGGAUUCGACGAAGCGAAUCCGCCGACGAUCAGUUCCGUGAACGAACCAGAAGCGACUCUAGACACAGGGUGGUCUAUCAGACAGAGGGAAAACCCGCGGAAAUUCCAGUGGAACCACUGGACGAUAUCGUAGUGGUGAAGCCCAUGCGCAGAAAGUCCAAAUCCUCGCAAAGGAGUGGGUCUCAACUACCGGAAAUGGAACAAGCGCCACCUGUGGCGCCUACACGGCGAAAGCGCCUGCGCAAAACGCCAGCGGAGCGGAGAAACGGUGAACUAGGGCCCGUUUGUAACGGACAUUCUGAAUGGACAGCCGAUUCUGCGCCAGAAAAACCUCUUCCCUCACCUCCACCGAUGAUCGACGAAGAUUUGCAAAGGGAGCAAGAAUUAUAUACUACCGAGGAUAUCAUUACAGGAAGCGAGGAGGAUAUUCAAAUGUUAGCUACCAGACUCCAGCAUGAGGAAUACAUGGAGCCAGUCCCAGUGCCGCCAAAACGGAGAUCCAGGUCCAGAGGCACUUCCGUUGCUCAGGACGAAGACAGAACCUCCCAUGGAGCUGAAUCUUUGCCCGAAGCUGGUUACGUGGAAGAGGAUAUUCCUCCAGAUGACGUGAACCUUGAGAGAGAUUUAUCUGGUUACGCUAUAAUCGAGAAACGGGAGAAACCACCCAGACCACCACCUCCAAGGAGAAAAAAGGACAAGUUCGCCACUGCUCCGAGACAAGUUGCACCCAAACGUCCGCAAAGAGGGUACAGCACCCUGAGACCAGGAAAGUCCAAAGAAAUUGGUAUUUUAGACGAUGAUUAUGAUGUUACUUUACAAGCAGCUGAAUCUACUCCUUACAUAGAAAUCGACUCUGACGACGGGGAGCAUAAAGACCUUCGUAGCAGCGAGGUUUUGAGCAAAAUACAGGGACGUCCGCUGCCAGCCCCUCCCAGGCCACCUAGAGUGAGAAAAGAAAGAUCUCUGGAACGGCCUGUCCGCGAGACACAAGAAGACAUCACGAUGGAAAUGACCACUGCCACGCAAACUGAUCCUCUACCUGACGAUAUGGUUAUAGAGGAAGAAGUAACACAGGCUAAGCUAGUGGUGGCGCCAUCUAUGUCAGGCUCUCAGAUCAUGGUCUCCACGGAAAGAAUACCUAGCCCACCGAGCAUAAGCACGCCACCUGUCCCUCCUCUUCCGACAUCUCAACGUCUGCGCAAAGAGGAUCAAAUGGGUCUACCAUACGAUACCGUGUCGUUGAAGUCUCCAUCGCCAACAAGGGAAGUUGAGACCUAUGAAGAUAGACACUUGUCCGCUCCACACUUAGAGGAGCCGAUCAGAGACGAGGACUCGCAUUUAAGGUCUAUUCGUUCCGCCUUAUUCUCCGAUGAACCUGUUAGAAUUAGUAAUUUGGAAGUAGGAGACUUGAGAGUGGAUCGUUUGAGCGUAUCGCAAAUCGAGGCUGCAAAAAUAGUCGCUUCCGAGGUGGAUGCUUUAGUUAUCACUGCAUCCGAGUUGAAGAACAUAGGUGGCGGUAUGGAGGAGAGCCUGUCGCCCUCUAUCAUCAGAGAAUUAAUGGCAAUAAGAAGCCACCUGGAGAUCGUAGCGGCUUCCAGAGCAGUGGAGAGCCAACAGGUGGUGACAGAGAGGAAGACAGACAUUCCCGUUGCAGAGAGGCAGAAAGAAGAAGAGAAGACACAUGCGGUCCAGGCAGCUGAGAAAGACGAGAAAACGACGAAGGAGGAGCAAAAGGUUGUUAAAAGAGAAGUAACCGAAACCGGGUUCAAAGAUAUACGCAGUACACACACAUUAAUGGUCACGCGACCACCGGACAGAGAGUCGACACACACACUAGAAGUAGCGCAUGUAGAAUCGAGUGACAAAGAUAUUCCUAGCACACGAUCGUUAACUGUCGUUCAAGGUACUCAAGAUAAGUCCUUACGAAUUCUAGAUACAGAAACCCCCCUUUCUUUGAGCCCGGCCACCGCUCUGGAGCUCAUCAUGGAUGAAGCCCGCGUGCCCCCUCCCCGUUCCGUAACGACCAGUGUGGAAGAGAGAACCGAGUCGAGGCUGUCCCCUGACCGUGUCUCUGAAGCGAGCAGCGAACCAUCGGAACCUCCAGCUAUCUUCGAUUCCAAAUUGCUGUACGAGUUCUCGAAAACGUUAGAGCAUACAGAUGAUAAAGAGGGCUCGCCAGAGAUCAGUGAACGAACGACUUAUCAAAAGUCGAGGUCCAGAUCACCAUCUCCUAUUGGCAUCUCUAGAACGCGACAGACUGCCUCUCCUGUUCGUUCUCUGCCGCCAGCCAUCUCUGUAACACCUGAUACACCUGACAGUGUUGCCACUCAUGGCAUCACCAGUGAGGUACAGCCACAACGCGCCGUGAUCUCGUAUUCGUACACGAAUCAAUCGGAUAGGGACAGUCAAAGGGAAUCAUCUCAAUCACCGAUACCCUCCUCCUUUUCCCUUGGGGGCACCCAUCUCAUAGCGUUUCCAGCAUCACAGGUACCGCCGCAGUUCCUCUCGUUGGCAAGUCAGCAGGUCGACGAUGAACCGAGUAUCGCGGAGAGUACGAGACAAUUGGUUAGGGUCCUUAGGUUAGUCGGCCUGAAGGCGAUCAGACACUUCGUCAGUUAUAUGACGACAAUGAUUGGUGUAGAAGACAGUAGGGCGAAGAUCCGUGAAGUGGAGCUUACAUUGUGCGCGCUAUUACUACUGGUCACAGGCUUGUUGAUCUUCUUUUUCAGCAAUCCGCGAACGGUGACGCAUCAUCAUCAUUGGGACUACUUUAAUCCGCCGAAGUAAUAUGCCGUAGACGAAUCGUAAGAAAGUCGUCUGUGAGCAGAGCUUUAACGCUGUUACAUUUGUAACGUUAAGUCAUUUUAUAUACGUAUAAAUGGGAUUGAAUUUCUCCAUGAUGAGGGAAUAACAGGAGGAUAGACCAAAUAUCUUGGAAUAGGCGCAAAGGGUAACAUAAGAGGAUGUAUGCAUGCAUGUCAAAGAAACGAAGAUUUGGUAGUUAGGUCUGCCCCCUGGUAUCAACGAACAAUAGUUAAUUUGUUAAAUGUUUGUUACAUUUCGACGAAGUGUAUAUACACGAGAUAUUACAGCUGCUCGUAUUGAUAAAUUGAGCAAUGACAGGUUUCGCUUGAUGAAAAUCGAACGAGUGAUUGACAGUUGCAGAAGAAAUAAUAUAUGUAUACCCACAGUUUGCUACAAGAAUACUUGUACUUAAUCGCUAAAAUGUGCAUACGUAUAAAAACAAUAUACAAGUGUUACAACCACUAUUUUUUUAUCGACACGAAUUCUUCGUAGAAAAGGUCAAAUGCCGCGUAAAAGGCGAUUGAUAAAGAAUACGAAGAAAUAUGCAAUAAAAUAACGUGUUUUGUAUCUCGUUUGACCGUUUGACUAGAUACGGAUUUAUAAUACCAGCAUGGCAUCAUAAA